AUGGCCGACUAUCCAGAGCCACCCUCGCAAUUAUCCGAGUCAUAUGAAGCACGGACCUUUGGUCUUGGGUUGCAUAAUCCAGAGACACCGUCCGAUACAGAUGACCAGCCGGUUGGGGAGAUCAAGCGACCCAGAGCGUGUGAACCCUGUCGCCAAUUGAAAGUCCGGUGCGAUCCGGAAUCUUCCAACCCUGAUGGCGCUUGUAAACGAUGCGCUAAAGCACGUCGACAAUACAUUGUGACAGAGCCAACCCGCAAGCGCCAGAAGAAGACGGACAGUCGCGUGACUGAGCUGGAGCGUAAAAUUGAUGCUUUGACUGCUACAAUCCAGGCGUCGCAUCAUACACAACUUACAAUGGGUACGAUUCCAGGCACUGUUGCAGGCGUACAGCAGACUCAGCCGCAGUCUAGCCGUGAUCAGCCCUCCAAUUGGCUGCGCGGUGACCAGAAUAUGGCGGGGAACAAACGGCACCAUGAUGGAUUUUUGGUAGCCCAGUAUCCCCGUCCUAAUAGUCCAUCUGCGGAACAAAUAACGAAACAGCCGGCUAAGCACUGGCGGGGUCCGUUUGAAGGGGAGACUAAACCUGGACCCAAAGCAGAUGUUGGGAAUGACUUUGUCGACGUGAUCGACAGAGGCAUGAUCGACAUAGCAACGGCCCAGGCUUCUUUCAAUCACUAUGUUAGCGACAUGGGGAACGAUAUGCCCUUUGUAGUCAUGGCUCCUGGUACAACAAUGGGUCAGGUACGCCGCGAAAAACCGACCCUCUUUCUUGCCAUCCUCGGUGUCUCGGUGGGAAUUGUGAAAAAAGACCUCCAAAUGCCACUGAUUAACGAAUCAUAUCGAUUGAUUGCGGAAAAAGUCGUUGUCAAGGGCCACAAAUCGCUCGAACUCGUUCAAGCUUUACUCGUCGUUUCGAUCUGGUACAUGACGCCCGAUAACCUGGAAGAACUUAAGUUCUAUCAAUUGAUUCACAUGGCUAUCGUGGUAGGCAUGGAGGUGGGGUUGAAUCGUCGGUCGAAUGGAGACAUGAAGAUUGUUCGCAUCCGAGAAAUAGUCAUCAAACGGAAGACUCCAGCAAAUGCGGAACUAGAUACCCCCGAAGCAAGGAGGGCAUGGGUGGGCUGUUACUUUCUAGGAAUCCAAGCGGCGAUAGCUUUGAGGCGGAUCCAGAUUGUGCGAUGGCAGCCAUACAUGGAUGAGUCCCUUCAAAUAUUGGAAAAUCAUCCUGACGCCCUGCCUUCUGAUCGCCAAGCUGUUUGGUGGGGAAAGCUAGGGUGGAUUAUGGAACAAGCGGGAUUGCAGCUCACCACUGAUGACACUCAGUCAAUUGUCUCAUUUACGGACAGCAAAGUGAGGUACACGAUCAAGGCGUUUUCAAAUCAACUUGCCCAGUUCAGGAGAGAUAUUCCAGAGGAACUGUGGAGUCCAACAUUGGCACAUACAUACCAUGCACUCGAUCUUUUCAUACACGAAAGUGUUAUGGGGGUUGACUGUAGGGACAGUAUCUUUCCCGAACCUGAAGAUGAAGGGCUAGAUGACGACGCAUGCAUGGCACCUAUCAUUGAAGCUCUCACAUCUUGUCUCAACUCCAUCCACAGGUCAUUUGACACAAUUCUCAGUAUUGACGUGGAGAGGGUUAGAUAUUUACCGACAUUGGCUUUGGCUCGCACUGCAUACCCGGUCGUCAGUCUAAUCAAAAUUUACUCACUUGUCACGGCCCCUGAUUCUCAUAUCGGUCGGUUGAUGGACGCGCGGAGUCUCAAGGUGGAGUACUACCUUAACCGAGUCAUAACUCACUACCGAGCAGCUGCAGCUCUUGAAGGUGGCCGAGUGGCCGGCAAGUUCGGGAAUAUCAUCAUGAUGCUGCGAGAUUGGUUCCUCAAGAAAAGAGAGAACGGUCCCGAGCUUCGUGAGAUCUUUGGUGCUGAAAUGCACAAUCCGAGGGAAACGCAACCUCCGAGGCAAGGUACCACACCAUUGCAAGUCCUCAGCGACCUAGCCAUGGGUGAUCCACGCUCCACAAAUCCCACCCAACCAGCAAAUUCAAAUCAAGGAUCUGUAUACUCAUCCUCAACUAUUAACCAAGAUAUGGCCCGGAAUCCUCCGACCCCGGCAACCAGUUAUGGAACAGUAGAAACAUCUACGCAUUGGUCCCCAGCACCUUAUACCCCCCAAAUGUCCACGGGAUCCCACGACUCAGGCAUGGGAGAUAGAUCAUUUUAUCAACCUUUCACACCUAACCAACCCCAGCAAUACAUCAUGCCUGGGACCACCCAGUAUCCUCAAAUGCCAGGCUUAGGGAGUAUGCCACCCGGACAGCCGAUGGGGUUGCCUGAAUUAACGGCGGAGGCACCUUUCGAUCCAAGCCUGGCGAUAUUGGGGACUAUGAUGGAUGAAGGGCUCUUGUCAUUUCCGUAUGCUUUUGAUGGGAACUUCCAACUUUGA